CUCAGAUAACAUCUGGGCGGGCGGGCGGCACGACGCGUAGCGCGGCCAGUUGCAAGAGCGCGCGCGGACUACACAAACGUAGCCAUAUUGAACUGUUAGUGAGCAUACUAUCAAGUUGAUAACCGCGAGUGUCUAAUUACCAAGUUACUGACAGUUAACAAAGUGAUGUGCAAUUAAUAUGUGAGUCGAUAGUGUUGUGUGACGAAAGAUUAUGGAUGCGAAAACUUUAUGGCAAAAUCCAUCGGAAUCGUCGUUCCUCAAGACAAUAUGUCAUCAAUACGUACUUGUUUACAAGUAAUGAAUUAGCAAUUUAAAUGUUAUUAGUGUCGAGUGUCUAUAGACUGUAAAAAUGAAUGUAGAUGAGAAAAUCUCGGGCCCCGGUGGGGCGUCGCAAAAAAAUUGGACACAUUUGAACACUAGCUAUGAUGAGUUACCAUUGGACAUGCGGUUUAACCAUGGUCACAUGGUGUCUAUAACAGUGUACAGUGUGUUAAUGGUGAUCUCCGCCACAGGGAACUUGACAGUGCUAUCACAAUUAGUUAAAAGACGUAAAGCGGGCCGCGCGAGCAGGCUCGACAUACUGCUAAUGCAUUUAGCUGUGGCUGAUCUUAUGGUGACAUUCCUGAUGAUGCCGCUUGAGAUCGCGUGGGCGGCUACGGUGCAGUGGCUGGCUGGCGACCUGAUGUGCCGGACCAUGAUGUUCACCAGAACAUUCGGGCUGUACUUAUCGAGCUUUGUCCUCAUUUGUAUAGCUAUUGAUAGGUACUAUGCAAUCCUGAAGCCACUGAACGUGACGUGGGAAGCGCGGGUCAAGAGAGCACUCUCCGUAGCAUGGGCGUGUGCUGCUCUCGCCAGUUUGCCGCAAAGCUUGAUUUUUCACCUAGAAGAGCAUCCAAUUGUAAAAGGAUACUACCAAUGCGUGUCAUACGGGUCGCUGCCAACAGAGGAUCACGAGUUCGUGUACUUCCUGGUCAACAUGCUCCUUAUGUACGUGGCGCCACUCGUGUCCACACUCUAUUGUUCCUCCGCGGCACUCUUAGAAAUUAUUCGAAGGGCGAACACCGCCAAUGAUAAAAUGCGUCGAAGCGGCGUUGGAAUUCUAGGGCGCGCGAGAGCGCGUACCCUCAAGAUGACUGUCACAAUCGUCUUAGUAUUCUUUACAUGUUGGUCCCCAUAUUACUGUUAUUGUUUAUGGUUCUGGAUGGACAAGGAUGCGUUGAAGGACGUGGACCCGGCGGUACAGAAGGCGAUGUGGCUCUUCUCGUGUACCAACUCCUGUGCAAACCCCAUUGUGUACGGCGUCUUUAACAGGAACAGGUGGACGUGGCGAUCUGGACUCAACACGCGAUGUCGAGGUGGCAACAUGUAUCGCGGCUCAAGAUUCCCUUACUAUGGGGAGUCAAUGGAAAUAUCCGCAGCUACCUUAGCCCGAGCUCGCAACUCACUCCCUGACAGAAAUAGUCAACGGGAGUCCCCUUUCGCUACAGCCGCUACACAGAACGGAACUAAAAAACACUUGAAUAACAACAACCAUUUUGAUAACGGUAUGGUUUAGUUAAACCAAUAUAAAAAAAAGUAUUCCCAUACAAAAUGUGGAAGGACAAUUAUUAAUUAUAACAAUCGCUAUGCUGAGAACGUUAUUUUAACAGUUAUUAUGUGGCUAACGUUAUUAUAACGUGUUAUGGUAAUGCUGUUAUACAUUUGCAAAAACAUGCUUUUAUAUAUCGAGUGAGCGAUAGAGCUCAUAUUUUUAUACUGCAUAUUGAGUGGUGAAAUAGGCAGUAUGAAUUAUAUUUAUCAUAUUUAAAGUCAAUAUUUCUAUAGCUGAAAUCCUUAAAUGAAUUGGUAAAAUAAUUAUAGUGGAUCUUUGUAUAAAUAAAUUUGUAUAGAACUAAAUUAAAUAAUUAUCGACAUAGAUAAUGAAUUAUUUUACAGAUUUAUUUUAUAAUAAUUUGUAUAUUCAAUGUAAAAUUAGUAGAGAAAUUGAAACGAAAAGAUUAUUUUAAAUUAUUUUUCUGAUAAUAUUUACUUGUAAAAAAUACACGUAGAUACCUACAAUAUUUCCAAAAUAAAUUCCUAAAAUUGUAAAGAAAGCUUUAAGCAUUAGUCUCGAUGUGUGUUUAGGAUUUAAGUUUUCUAUGGUUGUCGUUUAUGACUAUUGUGCCAUGCCUUACGAAUUAAAAUCUAAUGUUACCUAUACAUUCCUGUUGUAAAUAAAUACACAUUUUGUUUAAAUUAUUGUAAGUUGUUACCUAGAAAUAUUUUUAUUUGAAAUACUCAUGGUUUAAUUUAAUUUAGGGGUUCGAUAACAUUCCAAUGACCAUAAACUUAAGUUGAUAGUUCCUAUACGUUGUAAUUAUCAUAAUCAUUUUUAACCAAUAAGACUGACUGACUGACGAUAAAUAUAUAAAUUUCGAAGAAAUGCAUAAUAGAAUCCGAUUUCCGAUAAAAUUCAAACGCAAUGCAUUUUUCGAACAUUAUCAGCAGAUGAUCCUUGAAUGAUUGUGUUUGUUCUACAGAAUACUUACUAUUCGUAUAGGAUGUACAUUUAUUAUUUUUAUCGCCAUUAGAUGUGCGCAAUGUGUGUGUCUAUGUAAUGCAAUGUAAAGUAUGUUUUAAUACAAUUACGCUAUAAAAUUGUGUGUUUAUUUUAAAUACUUACAAUAUAGGCACUUGCAAUGCUCUUUUAUCUAAUAUUUUGUUAUAUUACAUUAGUAUAAUUAUUACAAAUUAUAUCACAUAUUACGCACGUCUAGAGCGGCUUUAAAUAUUUUUCUUGGCUGUGAGGUGAUCGAGACUCAGUUAUAUCAUUAUAUAAAAUAUUUUACUUUACCAAACAUGAAUUAUGUUAAAGUUUUUAAGUAAACACAAAGAAUAGUUUAUAAAUAUAUAAUUGAAUUCUGUUGAACAUC